AUGAAUCCGAGCGAGGUUGAAUUCCUCGGUGAGAAACAGCUGGUCAGUAUUGUACCGAAUUUCAACUCCGACAUAAUUUACCUGAUCUCGGGUUCAGUGGGUCCGUUUCGCGCCGGUUUACCCGUCAGAGUGCCGAUCUGGCUCGCCGUGUGCCUGAAACAGAAGCAGAAAUGCCGUAUCGUCAGCCAAGAAUGGAUGGACAUCGAGGGUCUGAACGAAAGGAAAGAGAUGGAGAAGAUGUCCAAGUUGUUUACAGAAAUGCCAAGCAGUCAUUAUAUGGACGAGAGUCAAAUUCUGCUGAAUGUGGCGAAUGAUGAUAUUCCUGAUGCAGAUGGAAUAAGAAUUGCCGUAAAGGACAUAUGGGAUAUAAGAAUGUCUAAAUUACGAACAUCCGUAGAUGCUUUUGUGAAGAGCGAAGGGGUGCAUGCAAGACUGGAUCAUCUCACUGCAAUGGAAAUUAAUGGUAUACGUCCACUACUUCCACAUGCAUUAGAUCAAAUGUUGCGGAUACAAUCUGCAAAUUCAGAUGAAGCAAAUUCUCAGCAGAGUAGUGGAAGUGGAAGUUUAAGUAUGUAA